AUGACCACACCCCAGGUACCGGAAGCAGAUCAGAAUUUCUACGUCAGGACAAAACCGCCAGGCGCGUUGUUGCAUCAGAAUUUAUACCGUACCUCAUUCCCGCCAGACAACGCGCACAGGCACUGCCCGCCGUCUUGUCGUCGCAUCCUCUACAUCCGCCCCUUUCAUUCAACCGAGCUGCCCUUCAGCGGUGGCUCACCCAGCGUCAAGACGGCGUCCUCAAAGAAGCAGAAAGUCGCCCAUCCUGUCGCAGACGAUCCAAGACACGCAUACCACCAAGCCGUGCAUGAUCCUGACCGCCAGCCUUCGUCGCCACAGUCCUCUUCCUCGCCUUCCAGCAACCAAGCUGCCCAUACUCCUUCGUCACCACCCCGCUACAUUCCUCCGCAUCUACACGCCGAUUCGCGAGCCAGCUCGCCCAGCGACGCCUACGCCCAGCUGAACUUGGCCGAAGACAUGUCCCACUCCAGUGCCCAAGGGGACACUGAUGCUCCGAAUCCGACGCAGCGUCCUGCCUCGCCGGCAAAGCGUUCGGCUGCUACAAUGGAAGGCAUUGAAUCUGCUGCAGACCCCGUCACGUCAAACGAGUCGCAACAGGCCCCUCCGUCGUACGAUGCCCACCAACAGGACGCCAGUCCUUCAUUCACUCCGAGCUUCGAAGAACAGGUUACACGUAUCCAAGCUAUGCUGAAUGUACCAGUGGAGGACGGCUCCAAAGUCUUCAUCGUGGCUGCCAAAUGGUUCCAUCGCGUCAUGGCUAGAACGGCAGACGCCGACCAGAAGGUUUUUGAUCCGGAAAUGCUGGAAGGAGAGGUUGGGAAUAUCGACAACUCCUCCCUCGUCGCCCCCGGUGCAUUUGACGACCCUCUCGCUUUCCCAGGAAAGCCCGACCUACCCUAUGUCCCUCUGCGCGCUGACGUGGAAAGAGAAACCCAUUUCGAGGUGUUUACUGAAGAGGCAUGGCGUCAGAUUGUUGAGUGGUACGGUGUGUCGGACUGCCAACUACCAAUCCUUCGUUUUGCACACAAUGUCGCACCUGAAGGAUCCCCGUCUUCCAACAUCAUCUACGAAUUGAGCCCGCCAGUUUUCACGAUACGCAAGGUACCAAGCGCUCCUCAGUCCGCCCAGGCUGAUGCUGCCGCUGUUAAAGUGGUUGCAUCGCGUAGCGAGCGCUUCCAAAGUUUCCUCGCCCGCGCCAAAGAAGCUGCCAGUAUACCUAUGCAGCACAAGGUCAAGAUUUUCAAACAGCUGAAUCCUACUCUGAUUUCUGGCGACAUGCCGAACACUGCUCAACCAGGUAUCCCGAGCCCUCCAACUUCGAGAAACCCCUCGCCAUCUCCUUCCACUUCGUCGAAGCUUGUUAUCGACAGGUCGACGUUCACCAGAUGGACAGUAGGAACCAAUUUUGAGCCUGUCGACGGACAAGACCAUACCACAAACGAGAAAUACAAUGGCAAAUCGACACUGGAAAUUCUCGGUCUGAUCGCAGACCAAACAUUGAUUCUUGAGGAGCAGCAGCGUGGAGAGUAUGCUUCGGAUGCGAGCAAGAAACAGAAGAACAGCAACCCACAAACCCAAGACACCAACAGACGUACCAGCCCUGCCCCGACAGCUCCGACCACUCGCGGACGCACUCGUAAGGAUGGCAGAACUCGUGGUUCAAUAGGUCUGACCAAUCUUGGUAACACCUGCUAUAUGAACUCCGCCCUGCAAUGCAUCAGUAGAGUUGAAGAGCUGGCAGUCUAUUUCCUCCAUCACAAGCACAAACCUGAGAUCAACGCCGACAAUCCACUUGGUUACAAUGGUAAGAUCGCAAAUGCAUACGCAAACUUCUUGGCCGGACUCUACAGCGACAAUGCUACGUCUGCCUAUCGACCUGGCGGCUUCAAGGGCGCACUCUCUAUGGCACAACCCAUGUUCUCAGGUUACGGCCAGCAGGACUCGCAAGAAUUUCUAAGUUUUCUGGUCGAUGCUCUACAUGAAGACCUCAACCGUAUUCAGAAGAAGCCUUACAUCGAAAAUCCCGAUUCAGAUGACAAAACUGUUCACGAUCCGGAGGCCAUCAGGCAGCUUGGUGACAAAUACAGAGAGAACCACCACGCUCGUAACGACUCCAUCGCUAUGGAUCUGUUCAAUGGUUUCUACAAAAACACUAUGGUCUGUCCUGAUUGUGAGAAAGUCAGUGUGACUUUUGAUCCCUACUCACUCCUUACUUUGCAACUACCCAUUGAGAACACUUGGCAGGGAAAGAUUAUGUUUAUGCCCGUCACUGGAUAUCCUUCUGCCUUCGAGAUGGAUGUCGAAAAGAACAUCUCCGUCAAGGCGCUCAAGGAUAUCUUUGUCAGCAAGAUUGGCCGUGGUCUGACUCGCGAAAGGCUCAUUUUUGCCGAAAUGUUCAGCCAUCGCUUUUACAAGAUCGCAUACGACAGCCAGACUCUUUCAGAGCUUGAAUUUUCGUCCAGCGACAUUCUCUGCAUGUACGAGCUCUCCGAGGUGCCGACGAACGCGGCUUUCAUGCCGAGGAAGCAGAUGGGCUAUCGAUCCAUAUACCACGAUCCUCCAGAGGACUUGCCAGGGAUGGACUCACCUCUGGCAGAGACUAUGGCCAUACCGGUGUUCCACUCAAAGGUCGAAAGACGUGUUUCAAGUCCUGCCCUCAACCCAACCUUGAUUACCGUUACCAAGGAGGAAGCCAAGAACUAUGAUGCUAUCUUGAAAAGAGUGCUUGCUGCUGUCACCACCAUGACAACCAAGCGCCUUCUCGAAGAAAUUCCUAAGGAAGAAGCUCCAGACAGUGCGACAGACCACGAUAACGAUGCUGACAUUUCAAUGCGUGAUGGUAGUCAGACACCCUCCAAGCAACUGCUCGAUGCUCUGCAGCCUGGACGCUUCAUUUGCCCGGAACUCAGGAACAUGUUUGAACUGAAAUACGUUCAAGCCUCUGGCGACAUGUUCUUGACCGGAACGGGCACGAUCAACAAUGCCAGUCCCAUGCAGGCCCGAGUGCGUGCUGUCGAGCGCCGUAGAGGCAGUAUUAGUUCAGUAGCUUCCAAUACCUCUGUCAGGAGCCAGGAUUCUGGAUACGACGGCCAGGGCAGAGAAUCAUGCGACAGCGACCAAGCCGAUCCAAUGGUGGAGUCAUUCAGGGCCUCUGGUCAGGAUACAUUCACCGGUGAUGUACAGAGCGAUGACGAAUCGGGCAUGGGCUCGCUUGAACAAUUGUCAGCAAAGGACAACCGCAGACGUAAGUUCAACAAGAACAAGGCGAGGAAGACGUACUCUCGGAAAGGUCGUCGCCCAAACAAUAAAAACCCAGUCCGUUCUAACUUACCUCGCGCUACAGCAGCAGAUGAGCCGAAAGAUGGCAACGAAUUCUACGUCAAACUUGGCGAGGGAAUUGUGAUAGAAUGGCAGGAAGAUGCUUUCGAGUCAUUGUUCGGUGGAGGUGACGGCAACGGCCAGUACACAUUCAACCAUAAGGAGGUACCUCUGGUAGACGACGCCGAGCUCCAGCUGAGGAGAAACAAGCGUAUGCAACGUAAGAAGAACGGCAUCACUUUGGACGACUGCUUCAGCGAGACUGGCAAGACCGAAGUGCUCUCAGAGGACAACGCAUGGUACUGCGGCAGAUGCAAAGAACUCCGCCGUGCCAGCAAAACUCUGGAGCUGUGGACUGUACCUGACAUUCUUGUCGUGCAUCUCAAGCGCUUCAGCGGCGAGCGUUUCCGACGCGACAAGGUCGAUGUGCUUGUCGACUUCCCCAUCGAAGGUCUCGAUUUGACCAAGAGGGUCGGGUGCAAGGAGGAGGGCAAAGAGUACAUCUAUGACCUGUUCGCCGUUGACAACCAUUACGGUGGUCUUGGCGGUGGGCAUUACACUGCUUACGCGAAGAACUUCUACGAUGGCAAUUGGUACGACUAUAAUGAUUCGUCCGUCAGCCGCCAGAACCCCGAAGGUGUCGUUUCGACGGCCGCGUACUUGCUUUUCUACCGCCGCCGUUCGCAGACACCUCUUGGCCCGGCAUACUUGCAGGAGCUAGUGUUGAAGGCACGUAACCCCGAAGAAGCCUCAGACGGUGAGGACGAGUCGGGGGAAGGCGAGCGUCUCGGCGACCACUCCUCAGCUUCCUCUCGCCUGCCUGGGUCGUCGAACGCUGGAGCAGUCGGAGCAGGAGCCGCCAUCACCGGGACGCCUCAGCAGGGAGCCAACGCAGGUGGCCCUGGCAGAGGAGUGAGCCAGGCAGUGAUGCCGACGAGUGAAUUUAACGACGACGAAGGCAUUUCGUUGAACGAUGAGCUGUAUGACAGCAACACGACUGCCGCUACGCUUGCUAACCAGGAAGCAUCCUGGGGAUUUGAAGUUUUGGGUGAAGAUGACAACACCACUUCUGUCAACACGCCUGCCGACACGGCUUCAGAUCGUCCAGACGCAGGCUCAGACGCAGGAGAUCGACUCAUGGAGCUCGUGAACGACGAGCACGAGAAGGACCGCUACGGUGACAACGAUUCCCCCCCGCCAUUGAUGGAUGAUGAGACCAUGAUUGAAGAGGGUCAAGAGCAGUUUGACGGGCCAAAUGCAAGCACACAUGAUUACGAGUAG